AUGGCGAAUCGUGGCGCAACAUGGGAUCCGAAGGUUCAUACCAUCCGUGACCUGAUGGAGUUGGGAAGCAAAAGGCUUCCCAAAAUGUAUAGGGAUUACUACAAUGAGGGUGCAAUGGACCUUGUAACUCUCCGCGGCAAUGAGGAAGCAUACAACCGGUACAAGAUCCUACCGCGGAUUCUUGUUAACGUGGUCAACAUCGACCUAUCUAACACGAUUUUCGGCACAAAGGUUUCAUUUCCUUUCGGCUUCAGCCCUGCAGCCAUGCACAAACUGGCGCACCCAGAUGGCGAGGUCGCGACAUCCCGCGCCGCUGCAAAAAUGAACAUAGGCAUGGCCCUUUCAUCUUACGCAACCGAGUCGCUCGAGAACGGGGUAGCACAAGGCCUGGGCAACCCUUAUAUCAUGCAACUGUGUGUGCUUAGGGAUCGCGAGACAACCAUUCAAAUGCCGCGGAGGGCCGAGGCCGCUGGUUACAAGGCAAUUUUCCUUUCUGUGGAUACGCCGCUCCUAGGCCGCCGCCUGAACGAGUAUCGCAACAACUUCAGCUUGCCGGAAGGCGUUGAGUGGCCGAACCUCCUGUCAGACGGAAAGAGCGAGCUGAGCGGCGAGAUCAGAGAUGUGAAAGAUGCGAGCCGUCACGAUUUUGAUCCUUCACUUGACUGGGACAGCACAAUUCCGUGGCUGAGGCAACACACCAAGCUCAAGCUAUGGCCCAAGGGUGGUGUACACCCAGACGAUGUAGCGAUGAAAAUUCGACAUGGUCUUGACGGCGUUGUUAUAUCUAACCAUGGCGGCAGGCAACUGGAUGGUGUUUCUGCAACGCUCGACGUCUUGAGAAUUUGCGCACCAGUGGCAGCCGGCAGAAUUUCUAUUGCCGUUGACGGUGGUAUUCGACGCGGGACCGAUAUCUUCAAGGCCCUCGCGCUCGGCGCAUCACACUGUUGCGUGGGAAGAAUUCCUAUCUGGGGCUUGGCGUACAACGGUCAGGAAGGUGUUGAGCUCGCUCUCAAGAUACUCAUGUAUGAACUCAAGAUUGCAAUGGCACUAGCUGGAGCUCGAACUAUCGCUGAGAUUACGAGAGGGCAUGUUACGUAUCUGAAUGGAGACGGCGUUUUGGCAAAGCUUUAG